AUGGACUCCGAGAAUCUCCUGGGAAAUGGCACUCUAUCGUCAUCAUCUUCCGAAUCCGAAAAGGGAAAGGGUGGUUUGCGAACCAUGCCCUUCAUCAUAGGUACCACUCUCUCCCUUAGCUUUGACAUUCAUAACCUGAACGAGUCUCUGGAGAAGGUGGCGAGCUAUGGAAUCAUGCCCAACAUGAUUCUGUACCUGAUGCAGGGUUACGGAAUGGCCAUUGUGGAAGGCACAAAAGUGAUGAACACUUGGUCUGCCAUGUGCAAUGUGUUGUCCAUCUUCGGGGCCUUUAUCUCCGAUUCUUACUUGGGUCGAUUCCUCGUCAUUUCCAUCGGUUCUUUCUCCAGCCUUCUUGGUUUAACCAUGCUGUGGUUAACUGCCAUGAUCCCAGAGCUAAGACCUUCCUGUGAACCAUUCAUGCUAGACUGCAGCUCUGCCACAGCAGCCCAACUAGCAGUUUUGUUCAUUUCCAUGGGCUUAAUUUCCAUUGGAGCUGGUUGCAUACGACCUUGUUCUAUAGCAUUUGGAGCAGAUCAACUGACAAAUAAAGAAAGGUCCAAUGAUGUGAGGCUCUUGGAUAGCUACUUUAAUUGGUAUUAUACCUCAAUUGCGUUAUCAACUGUGAUUGCUUUGAGCGUAAUUGUGUACAUUCUAGAAAAUCUUGGAUGGAAAAUUGGGUUUGGAGUACCUGCUGUGCUAAUGUUCAUAUCGGCUGUCAGUUUCAUUCUUGGUUCACCGUUCUAUGUUAAAGCAAAGCCAGGUCACAGCUUACUCACUAGUUUUGUUCAAGUAGUUGUGGUGGCCAUAAAGAACAGAAAACUUAGUCUUCCUGAUUCUCUUGAUCAGUACUAUCACGAACGUGAUUCAGAUCUGGUGGUUCCUACUGAUAGCCUUAGGUGUUUGAACAAAGCUUGCAUAAUAAGAAAUCCCGAGGCAGUGUCAAAACCAGACGGAUCAGUUUUAGAUCCAUGGAGCCAAUGCACAGUAGGACAGGUGGAGUCACUGAAAUCUUUGCUCAGAGUCCUUCCUAUGUGGUCUACGGGCAUCUUUAUGAUUGCCACCCAAGCCGCAUUAUCUACUGUCCAAGCAAAUACCAUGGACAGAAGAUUAUUUGGCAAUUUCCAAAUGCCUGCAGGAUCCUUCAAUCUUGUCAUUGUAAUCACUGUAUUAAUAAUAAUUCCCACGUAUGACCGUGUAAUGGUACCUCUACUAGCAAAAUACGUGGGCAUGCCUAGAGGAUUCAGUUGUAGAUCUCGAAUGGGGAUAGGAUUGUUGUUUGUAUGUGCAAGUAAGGCAACAUCAGCUGUAGUUGAAACUAUGAGACGAAAUACGGCCAUAGAAGAAGGCUUUGAGGACCAGCCUAACGCUGUAAUUCACAUGUCAGUUUUAUGGCUAGUUCCUGAGUUUGUUUUGCUUGGAAUUGCUGAGGGCUUCAAUCCAGUCGGUCAGGUUGAGUUUUUCUACACUUAUAUACCAAAGUCCAUGUCAAGUUUUGCAAUGGCUCUUUUCACUCUUCAGCUUGCUGCUGUUGAUAUAUUUGGAAAUGUGUUGGUGAGCAUUGUGGACAAGGGCACUAGUGUGAGAGGGAACGAGAGUUGGCUUUCAACUAACAUUAACAAGGGUCAUCUGAAUUACUAUUAUGCACUGCUCGCUUGCUUAGGUAUACUUAACUACUUCUACUUUCUUGUUAUCUGUUGGGCUUAUGGUCCUGCUCCGGAGCAAAAACUUGAAGCUUUAGCUGGCAAGAAAGAAGAACAAAUUGAUUACGUGGAGUUACCCACUUCCUAG